CGUGCGCGCGAACUCCCGAGGAGGAAGACGGCAGUCUAGCUGCGCGCCCGCGAGUCGUGUUGCGCGCGGUCGUGAAGUCACAAAACUGCCGGGGUGCACGUAGCAGUCCUUAGUUUGGGCCACAGCCAAAGUUCCCAGGGAGGUGCUCUCUGAGGUCCCCUUUGCCCCAGGCAGCAUCCUGAGCUUUGGAGUUUCAAGCCUUGAACUUGGUCUUCACUCUCCGCCCCAACUCCCGGGAUAGGGACCCGCAAAGCUGAUGUCCUGCUCCACAGCGGCUGGAGUGAGGGCUCCUGGACCCUGCCGGAUGGCGCUCGAUCGCCUUUUGGCUCCAGUCUUGCCGGUGAAGGCUAGUGCCCCAUGCGUUCUGUCUUGAGUUAUAUGCGUACAGAUUGCUCACUGUAGGCGUGAAUGCACAAGCAUGUGUCAUAUAUAUAGGGGUAUGUGCUCUGAGUACAUCCACAUGUGUUCACACAGGUAUCCAGGCAUGGGUACUGGUCUACGUACCGUGGGUGCAUAAGCGCGUACCACUAAGUAUAUGUAUGCACGCCAGGGAGCAGGCACCACUGCCUGACCGCUCCUGUGCGGGCCUGCCAUCUCAAUCUCCUCAAGCACUCAGCAGUUUCAACUGUGGUUUUUAGCCACCGCCCAGAACGGGGGAGGGGGUGCUAGGGCACCCCCCCCCCAGAUCAUAAGAUAGUUUGCAUCUGGUUUACAUUCAGCCCAGGGCCCUUGAGUUCGAGGGGGGGGUCCCCUGGGUCCCAAAGCAAGUUGCCCCUCACCGACAGGCUCUCAGGGCCCAGGGGACAGGGGGUGGAGCCGGCUGCACAGCGUUGUGCAGGGCACAGCCCUGUGCUGGGGCAGGAAGCGAGAGUGGGGAGGGGGGAGGCCACAGCCGGUGGAGGCAAAGCAAGGCGGGUGCAGGACGCAGGACUUGUGGGGAGGGAGGGAGGUGCCACACUCCAGCCCUGAGGCCCUGCUGGCCCCUGGGCGCGGGCCCAGCUCCAGCCCCCAGGGAUGGACCUCGUGGACCCCGACAUCUUUAAUAGGGAUCCCCGGGACCACUAUGACCUGCUGCAGCGGCUCGGUGGCGGCACCUAUGGAGAAGUCUUCAAGGCUCGAGACAAGGUGACGGGGGACCUGGUGGCAGUGAAGAUGGUGAAGAUGGAGCCUGACGAUGAUGUUUCCACACUUCAGAAGGAAAUCCUCAUCUUGAAAACUUGCCGGCAUGCCAACAUCGUGGCCUACCAUGGGAGUUAUCUCUGGCUGCAGAAGUUCUGGAUAUGCAUGGAAUUCUGUGGGGCUGGUUCUCUCCAGGACAUCUACCAAGUGACAGGCCCCCUGUCAGAGCUCCAGAUUAGCUAUGUCUGCCGGGAAGUGCUCCAGGGACUUGCCUAUCUGCACUCACAGAAGAAGAUACACCGGGACAUCAAGGGAGCCAACAUCCUCAUCAAUGACGCUGGGGAGGUCAGACUGGCUGACUUUGGUAUCUCGGCCCAGAUUGGGGCAACACUGGCCCGACGCCUCUCUUUCAUUGGGACGCCCUACUGGAUGGCUCCAGAAGUGGCAGCCGUGGCCCUGAAGGGGGGUUAUAACGAGCUGUGUGACGUCUGGUCCCUGGGCAUCACUGCCAUUGAACUGGCCGAGCUACAGCCACCGCUCUUUGACGUGCACCCUCUCAGAGUUCUCUUCCUCAUGUCGAAGAGUGGUUACCAGCCCCCCAGGCUAAAAGAAAAAGGCAAAUGGUCGGCUGCCUUCCACAACUUUGUCAAAGUCACCCUCACUAAGAACCCCAAGAAACGACCCGGUGCCACCAAGAUGCUCAGUCAUCAACUGGUGUCCCAGCCCAGGCUAAAUAGAAGCCUGAUCCUAGAUCUUCUUGACAAACUGAGGAAUCCAGGGAAGGGGACCCCCGUUGUCGAGAUCGAAGAUGAGGAGCCUGAGGUGCCCCCUGCCGUCCCCCGGAGGAUCAGGUCCACUCACCGAUCCAGCUCUCUAGGGAUCCCAGAUGCUGAUUGCUGUCGGCGGCACAUGCAGUUCCGGAAGCUCAGAGGAAUGGAGUCCAGACCCACGGCCCACACGGCCCACUUACAGCCCCCUGGAGACUUCAGGAGCAGCAGCCCUAGGAGGCAGCCGUCAGAGUCAGACGAUGACUACGACGACGUGGACAUCCCCACCCCUGCAGAUGACAUACCUCCUCCACUGCCUCCCAAGCCCAAGUUCCGUUCUUCAUCAGAUGAGGGUCCCGGGGGCACUGGGGAUGAUGGGCAACUGAGCCCCGGGGUGCUGGUCCGGUGUGCCAGUGGGCCUCCCCCACGCACCCCCCAUCUCGGGCCUCCCCCAGCCACCCGAAGCCCCCACCUAACUGCCCAUUCAGAACCCUCACUCUGGAACCCAACCCCCCGGGACCCUGGUCAGCCCCCAUUGUUGCCCCCCAAGAAGGAAAAGAUGAAGAGAAAGGGAUGUGCCCUUCUCGUGAAGUUGUUCAAUGGCUGCCCCCUCCGGAUCCACAGCACGGCUGCCUGGAUACACCCCUCCACCAAGGACCAGCACCUGCUCCUGGGGGCAGAGGAAGGCAUUUUCAUCUUGAACCGGAAUGAUCAGGAGGCCACACUGGAGAUGCUCUUUCCUAGCCGGACUACCUGGGUGUACUCCAUCAACAAUGUCCUCAUGUCCCUCUCAGGAAAGACCCCCCACCUGUAUUCUCAUAGCAUCCUGGGCCUGCUGGAGCGCAAGGAGACCAGAGCGGGAAGCCCCAUCGCUCACAUGAGCCCCCACCGGCUACUGGCAAGGAAGAAUAUGGUCUCCACCAAGAUCCAGGACACCAAAGGGUGCCGGGCUUGCUGCGUGGCGGAGGGUGCGAACUCGGGGGGCCCGUUCCUGUGCGGCGCACUGGAGACGUCCGUGGUCCUGCUUCAGUGGUACCAGCCCAUGAACAAGUUCCUGCUGGUCCGGCAGGUGCUGUUCCCGCUACCGACGCCCCUUCCAGUGUUCGCGCUUCUGACCGGGCCGGGCUCCGAGCUGCCCGCCGUCUGCAUCGGCGUGAGCCCGGGGCGGCCGGCGAACUCGGUGCUCUUCCACACCGUGCGCUUCGGCGCGCUCUCCUGCUGGCUGGGCGAGAUGAGCACAGAGCACAGGGGACCGGUGCAGGUGACCCAGGUAGAGGAAGACAAGGUGAUGGUGUUGAUGGACGGGUCUCUGAAACUGGUGACUCCGGAGGGAGACCCAGUCCGGGGACUUCGAACUCCAGAGAUCCCUAUGACUGAAGCAGUAGAGGCCGUGGCUAUGGUCGGGGGCCGGCUCCAGGCCUUUUGGAAGCAUGGAGUGCAGGUGUGGGCUCCAGGCUCAGACCAGCUGCUGCAGGAGCUAAGAGACCCCACCCUCACCUUCCGUCUUCUUGGCUCCCCCAGGCCUGUGGUGGUGGAGACACGCCCAGCAGAUGAUCCUACUGCCCCCAGCAACCUCUACAUCCAGGAAUGAGUCUCUGGGGGGGGGUGUUAGGAACCAGUCCCUGCACCCCCCUCCCCAACGGACAUACAUUAGUGAUCAUGACAUGGCACUUGUCUCCCAAUAAACAUGGCUCCAGCCUC